AUGGAAAGGCUGGUUAUCUAUCUAUUGGUUAUUAGCACUGCUGUGAAGGCUAUGAUGUGUCCAAAACGGUGUAUGUGUCAAAACCUAUCUCCAUCCUUCACCAUCCUCUGUACGAAGACUGGGCUUCUCUUUGUGCCCCCCAGCAUUGACAGGAGAACAGCAGAACUAAGAUUAAUGGAUAACUUCAUCACCACACUUAGAAGAAAGGAUUUUGCAAACAUGACAAACCUUAUUCACUUGACACUAUCAAGAAAUACAAUAAGUCAAAUCAUGCCUUAUGCAUUUUUUGAUCUUAAAGGCCUUCAUGCAUUACAUUUGGAUAGUAACAGACUAACUUGUAUCAAUGAGGAUCAUUUCAAAGGUUUAAUUAAUCUUCGCCACUUAAUACUCAGUAACAAUCAAUUGAACUAUAUUUCUCCUGGAUCUUUAGAUGACUUUAUUGAAACACUUGAGGACCUGGAUCUAUCCUAUAAUAAUCUUGUUAAUAUUCCUUGGGAUACAAUUGGAAAGCUUUCUAAUGUCAAUACAAUCAGUUUGGAUCACAACCUCAUUGAGUUUGUUCCAGAAGGAAUCUUCUCAAACCUUCACAAACUUGCUCGAUUGGACAUGACAUCCAACAAAUUGAAAAAAAUUCCCCCUGAUCCCCUGUUCUCCAGGAUCCCUGUGUAUGCUAAAUCUAAAGGGUCUCCAUUAUCCUCUCUGGUGCUUAGCUUUGGAGGGAAUCCUCUACACUGCAACUGUGAAUUAGUGUGGCUGAGACGCCUUACCAGAGAAGAUGAUCUAGAAACAUGUGCCUCACCACCAGAAUUGAUGGCCAAGUACUUUUGGUCCAUUAAAGAGCAGGAGUUUGUCUGUGAACCUCCAAUGAUAACACAUCGAACGCCAAAACUGGUGGUUAUGGAGGGCCAGAGUGUCUCUUUGAAGUGCAAAGCGGUCGGUGACCCGGAUCCCUAUGUUCGCUGGAUCUCCCCCGAAGGGAAGUUGGUCUCCAAUACGUCUAGGACAAUUUCCUAUGAGAAUGGAACUUUGGAUAUUUUGACUCCUUCUUUGACAGAAAAAGGUACAUUUACGUGUAUAGCAUCGAAUGCUGCAGGAGAGUCUACAGCUUCUGUUGAACUUGUUGUUAAUCCUUAUCCUCAUCUUGCUAACAGUACCAACUGUGAUAAGGAUGCUGAGUCUGGGCCUUCAGACAUUCUUAUAUCUGCUAAGUCAAGUUUCCCUAAUGAAACUAAAGCUCAGCAAGAGAAGAAGGUUGUGGUUGCUGAGCUGACCUCAUCCUCUGCUCUCAUACAGUGGCCUUCCCAGCAUCAUAUCCCUGGAAUACGAAUGUACCAGAUUCAGUAUAACAGCUCUUCUGAUGAUAUACUAGUUUACAGGAUGAUCCCGGCCAUUAGCAAAUCCUUCUUCCUGACUGAUCUGGUUGCAGGACGUGAGUAUGACCUUUGUGUUCUCGCUGUUUAUGAUGAUGGAUUGACAUCUCUAACUGCAACCAGGGUGAUUGGGUGUGUGCAGUUCACCACACAAGAAGAAUAUAAGCAGUGCCGCUCUCUUCAUGCCCAGUUUCUUGGAGGAACCAUGAUCAUCAUUAUUGGUGGAAUAAUUGUGGCUUCUGUUCUUGUUUUCAUCUUCAUUCUUCUCAUGAAGUAUAAAGUCUACAACAAUCACCACAAAAAUAAAAAUACUAAAGUUAAUAAUGUCUGCUCUCAGACCAAUGGUAGUCAGAGUGGGUCAAUGGCUCAUUCUGCUUCCAAACUCACAGAGAGACGGGAAAGUUUGCAUCAGGAAUGCUCAGGAACUUCCAUCAAAGGCAAAACUGUUGUAGAUUUGGAUUGUGAAAGAGUGACUCUUACUGACACAACCUUUUUAACAACUGAAGCGUUAUCUCAAUAG